CCUCUGUAUUUUCGGAGCCGUUUUGGUUAAAGUUUUGUCUGCAAGCUGCAGCUGCGAUUCUCCCGCGCUGACUGAUAAUUGGCACUUGCAUUUCUCAGCCAUGCAGGACACCACCGCCUGCCCCAGUGGCUGCUCCAUCAAGAGCGACGCGUCCACGCAUUUCGAGGCCCAGACGCUGUCGGUGAGCUCCCUGCCCGCCCUGCACGACGCGCAGGACGGCCUGUACGGGCCGCUCCUUCGCGAGUCGGGGUCGGCCGUCCUCUUCGGGUGGUGGCCCCGCUCCCGCUCUUGGGUCCGGACGGAGCUCGCCGAGCGGACGACGCGGUGCCUUCCCGCGGUGCGGCCGAGGGUGGACUUCGUUGCGCUCCCGCUGCUGCCCGAGGUCGAGGAGCUCUGGGGCUGCUGGAGCGAGGCGCACGGACUGGUCUCCGAUCAGGCCGUGUGGUUCCACCCGAGGCUCGAAGGACCCAGCGCCUCCGACGAUCCUGCCCUGGCAGUCUGCAGGGAGGUCUUGGCGCAGCUGGCCGGCUCCCGUAAUGUGGUGUUCUAUCCGAUGUACUGGCUUCCUGAGAUCGCGCAGGAAGCCACGACCUUCAACAUGCCGAUGAUUGGGGACCCCGAGGAUCACAGGCUCAUGCCCCUGAACGCGGCCAAGGCCUGGCUCCACCCGCACGUCGGUGCCCGUGACAGCUCUUGCCUGCGCACUGUGCUCUCUGCCCUCGGAGGCCGAGUCCGGGGGCCAAGGGGCUUCGUGGCCUACAACGUCGAUGAGUUGCGAGAGGCUUUGGUGCAGCUUCGUCGGGAGUGCCCCGCUGGGACGAAGUUCGUGCUGAAGCCAGCGGCGGGUUCUGGGGGCUGCGGCGUCGUGCUUGAUGCAACGGAGGCCCAUUUAGACGCCUUCGUGUUCGGCUCGUCUGGGGGCUCAGCGAUCCUGGAGGAGAUGAUUAUCGGCCUUGACAUCCCGCAGUCCCCAACACUCUACAUGAUCGGGGACACACCUUGUGGGCCCCUUGCCGAUCAAGUACUUGCAGACGACUGCGCCACCAAUCUGGGAAACAGGUUCCCAUCCAUGUUGCAAGGUGAGGACCUCUUCAGCGCUUGCGUGACAGCUUCCCAGGAGAUCAACAAGACUUGGGGUAUGACAAGUAAUUGGGGCCUCGACUUUGUCCUUGACAAGGGUGGAGACGCAGUCAUCGUGGACAUCAACAUGGGACGCCCGAAUGGGAACUUCGCCGUCCGGUUGUGGGCCAGCAUUUCAGAGAAACCGUUGACCGUGUUCACAGGAUCGUGGACGGUUCCUUUACACGGACCUUCCAUCGAGAGUAUCUUCGAGUCCUUACGUGCGGCGAACAUCCUCUGGAACGGCGAUGAGGGGGUCAUUGUGUACCAGUAUGUGCCUGGCUGUCCUUCCAGCUAUGCCAUUGCGAGUGCACAUGGUCCCGAUGGUGUUUCUCAGCUUCAAGUGCGUCUGUCCAAGAUAAUGCUUGAUGUGAAUGGCAUUGUGCUGUCGUAGGCCUGUAGUCAGCAUCUAAGGUCGGUGCGUCUUUCGAAUACCUUGCACUUACCAAAUGUACGGCAGCAUUGCCGACAGAGCACAGGCCCCACACGAACUGUGGGCGCCAGUUAUCCUGUGGGCUUGGUCGCGCCUACGGGCUUUGCAGGUGCACAUAGUGCCACAUUGGCGCUUGUACGUUCAUGCGCAGAUUUCGGUGCGUCGCAAAUUCAGACGACGCAACAUGUGCUUGUUCACGCCCAUGCUUGUACAGUCUAGCAGUCUCUGGCGGUAGUGUCGAGCAAAGCAUGCGUUCAUAUCAACAGUCGCCCUUGCCAGCGCUUUGCAUGUGAGUCCGCUCAAGAAGGCGGUUUUGGUGUCCAUGCUGGCUAAGGUCCGUUCUGGACGAACAGCCUUUCCGUGGCCAAAGUUUGGCUUACUUAUAGUCCUGGAGAAGGUUUGUCACAACACGUACGACGUCGUCUCAUUUAGCAGUUCGUGUCAAUUCACGUGCUGAAAGUUGUUGUACCUUAUCUUGGACGUCGUGGUUCGUGCAUGGGGGACCGACCCGAUCACGGAACCGUCAGGGAAAAAAAC